AUGGCCGACCCAACACCAUCCACAUCCACCCAGCCUCCGUCCGAAUCUGUGCUCUCCACCGACCCAGCCAAGGACAAGGCGCUGAAAGCGUACAAAAAGGCACUCAAACAGCACAACGAACUCUCCGAGAACCUCAAGAAGCUUCGUUUCGGUUUGAAAGACCUCGAGAAAGCAUACGACAAGACCGAAGAUGACAUCAAAGCGCUCCAGUCUGUCGGUCAGAUUAUCGGCGAAGUGCUCAAACAGCUGGAUGAAGAACGAUACAUUGUCAAGGCUUCUUCGGGUCCACGCUAUGUCGUCGGCAUCCGUGCAAGUGUCCCCAAGCACAAGCUCAAGCAAGGUGUCCGCGUCUCUCUCGACAUGACCACGCUCACCAUCAUGCGCAUCUUGCCCAGAGAGGUCGAUCCACUCGUCUACAACAUGAGCAUGGAAGACCCGGGCGCUGCCAGUUUUGCAGGUAUCGGAGGCUUGUCGGAUCAGAUCCGGGAGUUGCGAGAGGUGAUCGAGUUGCCUUUGCUCAACCCAGAACUGUUCAUGCGCGUCGGUAUCAAGCCUCCCAAAGGUGUCUUGCUGUACGGCCCGCCCGGAACCGGAAAGACGUUGCUCGCCCGUGCCGUAGCAAGCACACUCGAGACCAACUUCCUCAAAGUCGUCUCCAGCGCCAUCGUCGACAAGUACAUCGGAGAGAGCGCGCGAUUGAUCCGCGAGAUGUUCGGAUACGCAAAGGAACACGAACCAUGCAUCAUCUUCAUGGACGAGAUCGACGCCAUCGGAGGACGACGUUUCAGCGAAGGCACUUCGGCCGACCGAGAGAUCCAACGUACCCUCAUGGAGCUGCUCAACCAGAUGGAUGGCUUCGACUACCUCGGCAAAACCAAGGUCAUCAUGGCCACCAAUCGACCCGACACCCUCGACCCUGCGCUCAUGCGUCCCGGCAGAAUCGAUCGAAAGAUCGAAAUCCCUCUCCCCAACGAACAGUCCAGAUUGGAGAUCCUCAAGAUCCACACCAGACCCGUAGCCAAGAAGGAGGAGCUCGACUACGAAGCCAUCGUCAAGCUCAGCGAUGGAUUCAACGGUGCUGAUUUGAGAAACGUUGCUACGGAAGCCGGCAUGUUCGCUAUUAGGGAUGAUAGGGACUACUGUGUUCAGGAGGACUUUAUGAAGGCGGUAAGAAAGUUGCAGGAGGCAAAGAGACACGAGUCCAAGAUCGAUUACAGCGCAGUGUAA